AUAUAUUCCAUCUGUUUUAUUUAGCCAAUCUAUUUUCAUAUCUUAUACUGCGGAUAACAAGGGGACAGUGACCGAGAAGAGGAUCUCAGGAUACUUGUAUAGUGAUGACAUAAUGGUGUAAUAGUUUGUUGCUGUUUGUUGUCGAUUGUCACUAACCAUGGAUAGUAUACCCGAGUCACCUUCGAAGACGAGCCCACUCGCAGAGCCCGAAGGCUUCCCGGAGAGUGAGACGGAUUAUUCCAGCAUCAGAGGGAAGAUGGUGCUGGUAAGUCCUUCAGCGGAUGAAUAUGAGCUGCUCCGUAAGCAACUGCUGGAGAGAUUGGAGUCAGGGAAUGGAGAAAUCAUAUAUGACAUUGGUCAAGGAGAAGAUGGACGUGGUCUGACAGAGGACGAGUACAGCGCGUCAGUGGCGACGCUGCAGUCCUUGGUGAGCGGAGAGCGAGUCUCGUGCGUGGAGCUGCGACGCUGGGACUGCGGGAGUGGGCUGACUGGCCAGUAUCUGCUACGCACUGAACUCGACCAUACAGACUUCAUGGAGAUCAGAGUGGCGGUGGUGGGCAAUGUGGACGCGGGCAAGUCGACGCUACUGGGAGUGUUGACCCACGGCGAGCUGGACAACGGACGAGGGUACGCGCGCCAGCGACUGUUCCGACACAAGCACGAGAUGGAGAGCGGAAGGACCAGCUCCGUUGGAAACGAUAUACUCGGCUUCGAUAGUAUGGGCAAUGUAGUAAACAAACCAGACCACGGCACGCUCGACUGGGUGAAGAUCUGCGAGAAGUCUUCCAAGGUGAUCACGUUCAUCGACCUGGCUGGUCACGAGCGAUACCUCAAGACCACUGUGUUCGGAAUGACUGGACAUGCGCCCGACUUCGGCAUGCUUAUGAUUGGUGCCAACGCUGGAAUAGUGGGUAUGACGAAGGAGCACCUCGGCUUGGCUCUCGCACUUUCUGUACCAGUAUUCGUAGUGGUGACGAAGAUCGACAUGUGUCCUCCAAACGUCCUUCAAGAUAACCUCAAGCUGCUGAUCAGGAUCCUGAAGUCGUCAGGCUGUCGCAAAGUCCCCGUCAUGGUGAAGACGAAAGAUGACGUCAUAGUUAGCGCAACUAACUUCGUGUCGCAGAGGCUAUGUCCAAUCUUCCAAGUGUCGAAUGUGACGGGAGAGAACUUGGAGCUGCUGACGAUGUUCCUCAACCUGUUGAAGACGAGAAUGCCCUCGCAGGACGACAAGCCGGCAGAGUUCCAGAUUGAUGACACUUACUCAGUACCGGGUGUUGGUACGGUAGUAUCAGGAACGACGCUAGCAGGAGUGAUCAAGCUGAACGACACACUACUGCUGGGCCCCGACCCGCUCGGCCGCUUCACUCCCAUCACUGUCAAGAGCAUACACAGGAAGCGAAUGCCUGUGCCUGAGGUCAGGGGGGGACAGACUGCUAGCUUUGCGCUCAAAAAGAUAAAACGUUCACAAAUCCGCAAGGGUAUGGUGAUGGUGUCUCCCGCGCUGAACCCACAAGCUUGUUGGCAGUUCGAGGGCGAAAUCCUAGUCCUGCAUCACCCCACCACCAUCUCCUCACGAUACCAGGCUAUGGUGCACUGUGGCAGCAUCAGACAGACGGCGUCGAUCCUGUCGAUGUCCCGCGACUGCCUGCGUACUGGAGACAAGGCGCUCGUCCGAUUCCGUUUCAUCAAGCACCCAGAAUACCUCAAGAGGGGGCAGAGAAUGGUAUUCCGCGAAGGUCGUACGAAAGCAGUGGGCAACGUGUUGCGGCCCGAGCCGGCCGCCGUGAAGCUGGCGCCGCGCACCAACACCGCGCGACACGACCGCCGCGCCCAGACACACGACAAGCCCGACGCACUCACCGCACAAGUCCAAGAGAGUGACGUAACUGCAGCAGAUUCUCCAUUCGAGGUGCAAGCAGACAAGCGCGGCGCGGCAGCAGGCGGGGGCGGAACACCCGGCGCGGGCGGCGGGGGGCGGCGCCCCCGCAAGCGACACGACAAGCCGCCCGACGCGCCCACUCUCGCCGCGGCAGCAAACUAAACCCUCACACACCUAUACCGUCUACAACCACUCGCUGGGAAUAUCUGUCAACCUGGCCUGACUUCCGGACCUUUUGUAUACAACGAGAAUAGAAUGUACCCAGGUUCACAGAUAUUCUCCCACAGUACGAGCUACUGGCGCUAGGGACUUUGUUAAUACUUUUAAUUCACUGUAGUGCCCGAUAUCGGUACACUAUACAAAUUUAAAGCAUAAUGUAACUAAUUUCAUUGAAGAAAAUUUUUAAGGUACUGCUGUAAAUAUUUUUCUUUAUAGCUUUAAGAAAUUGUUUUUAGUACCUAUAUAUAGCUUCCCUAGCGCAACUAAUUCGGUCCAAUCACUAAAUCAAAGUACAAGGUACUUGGGUCUCAUCUACUUGCCACGUCGCUGUGUAACGACGUCGGUCCUUUGGAUAACGAUGUGUGUGUUUACUAGUUAGUACACACGCCAUGACGACAGUUACAUAUUUUUGACUAUACUAUACUAUUACUAGUUACUACUAUAGGUC